AUGAGUCGCCUAGCAACCGUCAACAUUCUAGAGCUGGAAAUGUGACGCGUUUAACGACAAAACGCAUGUAUUCACCUUCAUCAGCAACUUCGCAAACAUUUUCAGCAUUAUAAUGGGAGGAACACGAGAUCCCUUUCCUUUUCCUAAGCCUGAGAACGACUACACAUUAUCCGGAAGAAAGCAGUGUCAGAAACAGACAUUUGAUAAACCAACUCACCUGGCACAAAAUGAGAAACCGUGGAGUCGUCUGAAUGAUUUGGCAACUCUAGCCAGCAUCCGAAGGAAUGUGCUGUAUCAUGACCCUCAAAAAAUAAAGGUAAUACCUACUAUACUGUACGCUCUCCCAACCAAGGCACCCAAUGACAGCCUUGACUUCCAUCUAAAAUCAACCUAUGACCACCACAAAGAGUUCCUCAGAAGUAAGAACGAGACCUUGUACCAGAUGGAGACUGUUACUGACGACCACGGGAGGACUCUGAAGAACCGGGGGCAAAAUGAAGCUACGGUAUGUGAGAAGGAUCCGUCAGUCAAAGUAUGGAUGAGCUCACAAAAAUCUUCCAUCUACAGCAUUGAGGGAACAAUAGAAUCUCAUCACAACGCCUCGACAAACAGGGGAUACUCGAGGAAGCACGAUGGGGGAUUCUACUCCACCUAGUAUCUCACUCCAUGUA